ACGUCGGACGAGCUACAGGCACCAGCUGGAGGGCGUGGAACCCCAAAGGGCCCAUACUUCACCAUUAAAGGUGAAAGCAGCCCACAGCCGUGACGAGACACACAUCCCAGUGGACGUCAGAGACGUUCAAGUUGGUGACAGUGUGUUCAUACGAGUCUUUAGACGUCAGUGGAACGAGCCUCGUAGGGAAGGCCCUUUUAAAGUUGUGCUUACCACACCCACUGCCCUGAAAGUUGAAGGUAGAUUAUUGAACAUGGCAGAGGCUUAUUUCGCUGUACAUGACGAAAACCAAAUGUCUUAUUUCCCAUCCGAUGAGGCAUGCCUAGCGUAUAAUGAAAGAAAAGACCAAGCUGCACUGGCGUCGUUAGGCCCAUCACUAGGGGAAGCAUGCCCAUAUGUCCCUCCCAGGCAGCCAGAAGGUCCUGUAGGGGAGCCAGGUGUCGCACCUCCAGGUUGGAACAGGCCUAUGAUGACGCCCAGAAGGCAGCCAGAUGAUCAACCGCCAUCACCAACAGGGGAGCCACUGUCCAACCCGCCAUCACCUGGGAACCUCAGGAUCGAUUUCGGCCCAAACAGCACCCCUGCCAGCCCAGAGAAUCCGGAGGAUCGACUACCUUCCCACCUCAGAUGUCUUCAAGAGCGGCCGUCCACGUCAGGACUGCGGGCUGAGCAAAGUGGAAAAGAGCAUGCCUCUCUACCUCUUAUUACAGGCUUCCUGGCUGAGCUGAACGAACCUGUUCCUGGGGCCCUGCAGAUCGACACCAGCCCAAGCAACAACUUCACCGACCUCUCCAAACGGGUGGUGCAUGAAGAAAUCGUUGACUGGCCCCAGGAGAUGCCAGGCACAUCGGGCAUGCAGCAGACACCCAACAAGACACAGCCUCCCCCUCCGUGCCCAAAAAUCCCAUGGAGGUACCAACAAUUUGCAGGCAUAUCUUUCGGCACGGAGGAAUAUCAGCACCUCGCAGGGUUUUUUGCUCACCCAAUGCAUACCUAUCGCUCUGGUUUCGAUCUGACACCUGAGGUCGAAUCCAUGACCACAGCGGUAUAUUCAAAGAUGAUGAGAGGUCUGAAGUAUGACACCUCACGCCGACUCAUGGAAGCUAUUCGCCGCAGAUCAUACAAAGCCAAGGCAAGAGGGAAGAUGCAGCGUUUGACCCAAGCACAUCAGGAGCUGAAAAAUGAACUGGAGGAGGCACGAAAAUCCAUCAUCGCCCUGCAAGGAAAGCUGCUGCAGUCGAGUGAUCAGGGGCGCGUGGCUACUGCCACCACAUUGCUGCAGCUGUCGGGGCCACGUAACUAAUAAUCUCAACGCCAUAUUGGAUAUAAAGGACAAUGCUGAUUAUUGAUGAUUAUGCAUACCUAUGUUAAAAAAUAUUGAUAUAAUUGUAUACUUUACGUGACAGUACAAGUACUGUGCAGGAGAGUGCCACAGGGUUACUCUUAGGUUGGAGGUAUUGAAGGUCCAUUGACCAUUAGAGGAUGUGCUUUUCCUGGCCUGGCCCAGGAAUGAUGUAGGUUUUCUUGGUUUAUUUAAGGGUGCUUGACUACACCCAUGCGAAGGGGAAUGCGGUGCCCUCGGAGCACAAGA